CAAUAUAUUAUCUAUCCUUGUGAUAUCUCAAUCUUAAUUAAGGGAACAACACACUCUCUCUCGUGGCUAGAAGACGAGGCAUCCACGGAGUACGUAAGCUCGGCGAAGUCCACACGCUUCCCUGUCCAUGUCGAACGUCUAUCUCCGACGGUGGUUUCUGUGGGACUCGACGGGCGUGGUAAAUAUUUUUAGAUCAACUCUGUCAGCGCUGACGAGGAGAGAGAAGUGCGAAGAACAGAAAGCUCAAAGACGGUAAUCCUUCGUCUGUCCAUGCUCGUGAAUGUGCGGGUUGUGGCUCAAUGGCAGUGAUGGAAUGGGAGGCAGGAGAAAAGGGAGAGAAGCUGGACAUGGAAGGGAAGCCGGAUGGAGGAGAUGAGAAGAAAGAAGUCGCGGCCGUGGUCGAUUCAUCGCGGAGCGAGACGUGGGUCUCCCGGCUGCAGACCCAGCAUCCGGUUGCCCCCAUCCAGGUCGUGCUCCAUGGCGCCGCCACUCCGCCGGCCGCCGCCUACCAACCCACCCCAACCCCAACCCCACUGGUCGGAUUGGCGUCGCUCAACUCCAGAGAGUACACUAACAGAGUAUCCCUCCUCCUCUUCGUCCUCCACCUGCUGGUGGCGGCCGCCGCCGUGUGCUUCUUCUGGUUCAAAGGCAUCCAAGGACUCCUAGAUUCCGACUCGGGGAAGGCUCGGAACGGGCGACAGGUGCUCAAGUUCUGGCUCCCGCCCAUCGAGGGUGCCUCCGUCCUCAGCAUCGGCCUCGCCUUCGCAUGGCAGAAGGCCGUGCGUUCAUGGCCCUCCGUCAUGGUCCCCUUCAUCCUCUGGGCCUGCUUCCUCGCCACCAUGGCCGCUGGCAUACUCCUCCUCUGCUUCUCCCUCCCGGCGACGGACGGGCUCGGCGUCGCCUUCAUGACCUUCUCGAUCGGUGCCGGUCUCUACGCGUGCUGGGUCACCCGCCGCAUCGCCUUCACCGGGAAGGUCUUCGCCCAGGCCCUCAGGCCGGUGACCAAGUUCCAGGACGUCAAUGGUCCGGCCUACCUCAUGUUGGGCGUAGGCUUCCUGUGGAUCUCGGCUUGGUGCUUCGCGGUCAUCGGAGCGCUCAACUUCUACUAUCCCACCUUGACCAUCCUCGCAUUGGUGCUGAGCCUCGCAUGGACGGCCGAGGUGAUGCGCAAUGUGGCCAACCUGACGGUGAGCCGAGUGAUCGCGCUUUACUACCUCAGGGGGAUGCAGUCCAGCACCCAGUUCAGCUUCCAGCGGGCCACGACCAUAAACCUCGGCAGCGCCUGCCUAGGUUCGCUCUUCGUGCCCACCAUCGAGGCGCUCCGCAUCAUGGCGCGCGGCCUCAACUUGUUGGAGGGCGAGGACGAGUUCUUGUUCUCGUGCGCGCACUGCUGUCUCCGAGUCAUGGAGUCCAUCUUCCGCUACGGCAACAGCUGGGCGUUCGUCCAUAUAGCGGCAUACGGGAGGGGGUUCGUGGAGGCGUCGCAGAGCACAUGGGGGCUGUUCGAGAAGCAGAGGAUGGAGGCGGUGGUGGACUCGGACAUCACCAGCGCCGUGUGCUUCCUGACGGGGGUCACCAGCGGGGCCCUCUCCCUCAUCUUCUCUGCUUCCUGGACCUUUUCCUCCCACAAGCACUACACCGCCACCGUGUCGCUGCUCGCCUUCUUCGUCGGCUACCUCAUGACGAGGAUCGGCAUGGCCCUGCCGCACGGAUGCGUCGCCUGCUACUACGUCUGCUACGCCGAGAACCCGGGAUCGAGGCUGUUCGACUCCACCAUCCCUGACCGGCUCAACCAGAUCGGAUCCGGUCGCGAAGGCUUCGUGCCGACGCCUCGGUUCCCCCGGCCCAACUUUAGAACCUGAGGACCGAAACCCCUCUCUCUCUCUCUCUCUCUACCUUACUUCCGACUCCACCAUUGCCGUCCCGUCUCGUCUCCUGCCGGUGGCCGCCGUCACUCGCAGUUACUCCAACCGCCGUGCGCUCUCGGCGGGGCGCAAAAGAAGGUUGGUCGGUGGUCGUCACGGUUACCUCAACCGCACUCCUCGAUGGCCGUUGAAGUUACUAACGGCGUACCACAUCUGAGUUAUCUCGUGCCCUACGUGGGCCCCACGGUGAGAAUGACGUGUUGUGGGUCCACGGGUCAGGUUUGAGAGAGAGUGAAUGCGACCGGUGGAGGUGGUAAAGAGUUAUAGCUCAUAAUGACGGUGAAUGGUUGUACCGAUGAUGUUGGUGAUCACAAUAAUGAUGGUAGCGACAUGUCUCGUGGCAUUGAUUGG